UCUAACCAAUAGGACAGCUCCAUAGCCAGGCCGCUGCGCCGUUGGCUCGUGGAAGCAGUUGGAAAGUCCGCAGCAGUUUGAAAUCGGGCUGUUGGUGCUGACAGAGCCACGGACUCUGAUCAUGAUCUAAAUUUUUCACAAAAUUGAGCAAAAUGAGUUGGGUAGCAGAAGAGUGGAAACAGGGUUUGCCUACAAAGGCGCUCCAGAAGAUACAGGAGAUUGAAACUCAGUUGGAUAAACUCAAAAAGGAGCGCCAGCAGCGACAAUUUCAACUAGAAUCUCUGGAAGCUGCUUUGUUCAAGCAAAAGCAAAAGGUAGAGAAUGAAAAGACUGAAACAAGUGCUCUGAAGCGUGAACACCAGAACUUAAUAGAAUCAUGUGAAAACCUUGAGAAAAUCAGACAGAAAAUUUCCCAUGAUCUGCAAGUGAAGGAAUCACAAGUUAAUUACCUGGAAGGACAGCUUGCAUCAAACAAGAUACGGAUGGAUAAACUUGAGCAAGAGAACAAGAGAUACAAGUCAGAACUUGAACGAAGCCAGCUGACUGUAAUGUUAGGAGACGCACAGUCUGGAACGCCACAAAGAAAUCUCUCUGGAUCUGUGACACCAAAUCCAAAACUAGAGGAAUUACAGGAACAAUACAAUAAAGAAGUGGAAGAAAGAAGGCGAUUGGAAACCGAACUAAAAACGAUUCAAACCAAGUUGUUUAACCAGACGCAGCCUCAAAGCACCAUUAGCCAUCGGAAUAUUGCGCAUCAACGAUCCUCUUUUAUAUUUCCAUGGCAACAAGAACAGACUCCAAGUCACCAAACCUCUCAUUCACUAGAAACCCCAUUGAAGAAGGGUGUUGCCAUGAAUUUUCAAUGGGACCAGGAAGAAACUCCUUUGAAGCAUUGUCCCAAAUCACUGCAAAAGACUACACAAUCAACAAGCUGGUUUAAUAACAGUGCAGACAGCUCUAAGCAGGAGGACCAACUGAAAUUACAAAAUCAAGACCUGCAAACUAAAGUUUCGGAUCUGGAAUUUCAACUUAAAGCUCAGGAGAAAGAAAUGAAAAAUCAUCUGAACAAACUUCAUGAAAUCCAGUUCCAGUUUGAUAAAGCUAAAAUAGAUCUUUCGGAGAAAGAACAAAAACUCAGUAAGUCCAGAGAUGAAUUGACCAAGGUAACAGCACAGUGUGAACAAGCCAGUACUAAGUGUCUGAUGGUUGAACAAAAGCUGAAGCAGGUAUCUGAUGAACUGAGUUGCCAUAGACAAAAUGCUGAAAGUACACGACGAAACAUGGAACAGAAGUUAAAAGAUAAGGAAAAGGAUUUCCAACAGGAGCUUUCUCAUCAACAACACUCACUGCACAACCUGGACCAACAAUUCAGCCAAAUGAAAAAUAAGCUGAACCAGGAGUUACAGCAAGCUAAAAAUGAUUACAAUGCUCUGCAGUUGGACAGUGAUAAAGUAACAGCACACAAACAAAAACUAGAAAGAGAACUAGAUGAAAUUAAGCAACAAUUAUCUUGUUCUAACCAAAUCUUAAAGGAAAAUCAGACAAAGGAAAAUGACCUGAAAAAAAAACUUGAAAGUAUUCAGGAAGAAAGAAACUGUCUUAGUAAGCAGAUUCAUCAGAAUUCUACACAAAUUCACCAGCUGGAGGAUGAAUUAAAGAAGACCAAACAGGAUCUUAACCACUCUUGGAAUUUUGGGGAAGAGAUGAAAAGUAAACUUUUUAACUAA